ACUGCCCAAAUUCUGACAGUUGUGCUUGUGUACGUGUGUGUUCGUGUGUCUGCGUUGAAUUUGCUUAUUGUGUAGUCGUAAAUUUUAUCGUGCAAGCAACACAUUCAUUUCUCUUGCUUAAUUUCUAACUCAGAAAAGGAUUCGUGUUUUAUUAUUGAAAGUAAAAUAUUAUUCACUGACCAAGUUUUAUUUAAUAUUUUUUUCUCUCCAAAAGAAAUAAGUCAGUGUAGUGUCAAAAAAAUCAAAAUUUUUAUUUGUCAGCAGCACAGCUUCUCGCUGACCGAAUAGCAACAACAACGGGAGAAUAAAAAAAAAAUACUGCAAGCAAGCAAUAAGUGUACCCGGCCCCGUUAUAUACAUACAUACAAAAUAAAAGCUUCACGCUCGCACACACAUAAGCAAACAAACAAGCAGCAGCAAGUGAAUCAGCGAUCGUCGCAUCUCUCUCUCUCUUGAGCACAGCACACAUCUCGUGAAAGCUCGCUCUCCCCAGCAGCAACAACAACAGUAAACAGCGAAAGCCUCGAAAAAUACUCUCAACAUGCAGAGCGACUUUCACAGAAUGAAGAACUUUGCCAAUCCCAAGUCCAUGUUCAAAAGCAGCACUGUGGCUGCCAGCAAUGAACAGGUGACUGUGGCACCCGGUCGCCCAGAAUCGACGCCACCAACUGUUGUUGCUGCAGCAGCAGCAGGAGUCACUGCUCCUCCAGCUGCCGCCGUCGAAGUCACUGGUGGCAACAACAAGGAGGAACCAAAGACAACCCUGGACAUUGAGGAACAGCAGUCGGAUGAUGGCGGGGCAGCUGUGCGCACCGAACAUUUGUUUAAACACCCGCUGCAAAACACAUGGACCCUCUGGUAUCUGGAGAAUGAUCGCACCAAAUCCUGGGAGGAUAUGCAAAAUGAAAUCACCAGCUUCGAUGCCGUCGAAGACUUUUGGAGUCUAUACAAUCACAUUAAGCCACCAUCGGAGAUCAAACUAGGCAGCGAUUAUUCCCUCUUCAAGAAGGGCAUACGUCCCAUGUGGGAGGAUGCUGCCAAUAAGCAGGGUGGUCGCUGGGUGAUCACACUUACCAAAGCUUCCAAAAAUGAUUUGGAUAACUUGUGGCUCGAUGUGCUGCUUUGCUUGAUUGGAGAAGCAUUCGAUCAUUCCGAUCAAAUUUGCGGCGCUGUCGUCAAUAUUCGUGGCAAGAGCAACAAGAUAUCUAUUUGGACUGCCAAUGGCAACAAUGAGGAGGCCGCUCUGGAAAUUGGACACAAGCUGCGCGAUGCUUUGCGUCUGGGACGUCAGAAUUUGCUGCAUUAUCAGCUGCACAAGGACACGAUGGUCAAGCAGGGAUCAAGUGUCAAAUCGAUCUACACUUUGUAAAACUACAGCAACAACAAAUAUGCGCUCUGCUCUUCAAAAUUUGUCAUCAGUUUUAGCUAUUUUGUGUUAAUUUCUGGUUAUAGCACCAUAAAAGAUAAAAUAUGCGACAAAAAAAAAGUCAGAAAGAAACGCGAAAAUCCCCAUUGUUAUCAGAAAAGUAGUGCAGAUCAUCAAAUGCUCCGCUUUUUUAUUCUCUUGGAAUACUGCGAAAAAUAUAAUAUAAAUAAAAACUUAAGGUUAAAAAACGAAAA